AUGAGAUCUAUUCUCAUUCUAUUCGUCUUUACAUUGAGCUUGUCGAUUUCUUCGACAGAGCCUGUCACAAACGAAUUUGUCAUUCUUCUCAUCACUCAACCUCAUAUCUAUAUUCUUAGCCAAGUUCAUAAUGCUUCACAAUUUAUCCCGCCGCACAUUCCUCUUCUUUAUACACACUCAUAUGCAUCAUCCAUAUCGAAUUGGUAUGCAAUUUAUCCAUUAUUUUCAUCAAUUUUACAGCAAUAUUAUCAAUUGAAAUGGCUUUUCAUCUGUGAACCUCAAACACGCUUUAAUCUAUCUGAACUUCUUGCAUUUGCAAAGCAAACCAAUGAUUCUUAUAUUGGUUAUGGUUUAUACGAUUCCGAGCCAAGUAUCAUUCAUCAUUAUUCAUUUUCAUUCGAUACUCCUUAUCCAGAUUUCUCCUCCGGUGCUUUAUUAUCACGCAGUGUCUUAUCGCUGUUUCAAGAGCGAUUCACAUCUUCUGCAAUACCAAUCGAUUUUAUCAUUGAUAUUAAAUAUGAAUUCAAUCAAUUGAUUAACCAACUAACAAAUACGACAUUAGCCGAUCGGCGCGAUCUGUUCUGUAUUAAGCACAAAACGAAUUGCUUAACAUGGUAUGAUGGUCAAUAUGAUUAUUCAUGUCAACGAAAUGACGUACAUCUAGAUAAUAUCUACAUAGGAAUAAAAACAUUUGCUGAUUUUCAUCAAACUCGAGUCGCUCUUCUAAGGAAAACUUGGUUAGAUAAUAAAUUGCAUUACAACUUAUUUACGAACGAAUUGGACAAGGAUACUGACGAUCGUUUUAUUGCAAUAAAUGAGAACACUGAACGUGGCCAUUGUCAUAAAACAUUUACAAUCCUGAAUUACUUCUACAAAAACAAAGGAAAUUUCAAAUAUUUAAUCAUCGCCGAUGACGAUACACUUCUCUCUAUACAAAGAGUUCUUCAUGUGAUUGAAUGUUUUAUGCUGUCCAAUGAUCUUCCUAUUGUGUUAGGCGAAAGGUAUGGUUACGGAGCCUAUUAUGCUUAUCCAACUGGUGGUUCUGGAAUGAUAUUUAAUCGUCAGGCCGUUCAACAAAUCGUAUCCAAUUGUCGAUGUCCAUCACCUGAUACACCUGACGAUAUGUUUCUAGGCCUAUGUUUGCAUGAGAUUGAUGUGCCUUUGACACAUAUACCUGAAUUACACCAAGCACAACCAAAAGCGUAUCCGAAGGAUUGGCUUGCACAUCAAAAACCGAUUAGUUUCCAUAAGCUCGAAGGUAUCAACGUUGAAGAGAUCUAUCAGAGCUAUUUACAUGAAAAUAUAUCCGAACCAACAUCACCCUAUCAUAUAAAAAACGAGUUUUGA